AUCUAGAAUUCGACAGAAUUUGACGCCAUAGAGAGAUUCUGUCAUUCUGUAACGCGUUUUUGGCGGCGAUUCGACGAGUAUUUUUUUGCACUGAUAAAUAAACAAUCUUUCAGAAUGUUGGAUCAUAAGCAGACGGAAGAGCUCACGGAUCACGAAGCCGAGUUGUACGACAGGCAACUUCGUCUGUGGGGUUUGGACUCGCAGAAACGAUUGCGAGCUGCGAAGGUUCUUUUGAUAGGACUGGAUGGUUUCGGUGCGGAAAUUGCGAAAAACAUUAUUCUAUCUGGAGUCAACAGCGUUACGUUUUUAGACCACAGGAAUGUGACUGAGUUGGAUAGAUGCUCGCAGUUCUUCGUACCGAAAGAAGAUAUUGGAAAGAAUAAAGCCGAAGCAUCGUUGCCACGAGCGCAAAAUCUGAAUCCUAUGGUCAAUGUUAGCGCAGACUCGGGCAAGGUUGAAGAUAAGCCUGACGAAUACUUUGGACAGUUCGAUAUAGUAUGCGCUAUGCACUGUACUAUCACACAGCUGAAGAGGAUCAAUCGAGCGUGCAGAAGUCAAAAAGUCAAAUUCUUUGCUGGAGAUGUCUGGGGAGCGCUUGGUUACGUAUUCAUAGAUUUACAGGAACACGAAUAUGUAGAGGACGUGUCAAAAUCAAAGAAGGUGACGAUACGAGAAGGUGGUGACCCUAUGGGGAAGGAAAAGAUCGAAACCAUAAUAGUUAAUAAAAAGUACACGGAGACUUUUGUACCGUUCGAGUUCAUCCUAAAUGUUCCAAAAACGUCUCUAGUUAGGGAGGAAGAAAUCUAUUAUAUGAUGCUAAUACUGCUGAAUUAUCGCGAAAAAUAUGGCGAAGAUCCAUUGCCUAGCGAAAGAGGUUGUGAGAAGCUGAAAAAUGAAGCUUCUGCAAUUAUUAAAAAAUACGAGUUAGGCGACAGAAUAGACCAUUUAGUGGAGGGCGAUUUGUAUGCGCAACUCAGUCCAGUUUGUUCGGUCGUCGGUGGUGUCAUGGCUCAGGAAAUAAUCAAGGCGGCGUCGCAGAAACACGCUCCACUCAAUAAUUUAUUUACAUUUAAUCCAGACACAUCAUGCGGAGUUAUCUUGAAAUUGGGCUACUAAUCAAACGCGGUGUGUAGAUCUGAGUAUACUAAAAGGUUUUCUAUCAAUACUGUGAUACACACUAAAUACAUUAUAUGUUCACCCUAUUUGUUCAUCCUUUUUCGUAAGUGAAAAAUCACAAAAACUUAUUUUAUCAACAUCAUAUUUUGAAAAUAAAAUUUCUUUAUACU